AUGAAGUUUGGCUCCGAGUUCACGGACCGUUCCAUCCUGAAAUGGAGGAACUACAACCUUGACUACAACGAUCUAAAGCUCAAGAUCAAGGGCGCUACACAGAUAGGAAACACCGAUGAAUCUGGUGAUAUUUCCGAUCCUACCGAGGAUAGAAACCAAGUUCGUGCCAUGAAACAACUUUACACUGCAUUCAAAGAUCAGAUUGAAUUUGUGAGCUUGUUUGUGGCCUCCAAGCACGGCGAAUUCCAGACGCGACUGCAACUGCUCCAGCGGCGUUUUUCGAGUGGAAAUUACUCAAGAGAACUCCAAAAGGAUCUGGUGGAGCUUUCACAUGAUUUCCAAAAGAUUUCGCGUUUCAUCAUGCUCCAGAAAUUGGCUCUUCGCAAGCUGUUCAAGAAGUUCCUGAAACAUUCCAGGUACAGAUACAAGGAGGAUUUUGUGGAAAGGAUCAAGCUGAACUUUCUGGACGGAAAUCCUGAUUCAUUUGUGAAUUUGAGCCUGGAUGAUUCUAUCCAAAGUCUUGGGAGGAUGCUCGAUUCUAUGAAUGAGCCCACGCAAAGUACCCCAAGGUCUGCUUCAGCGGCGGUUCCAUCUUCAACGCCGAGGUCUGUAGCCGACCAGUUCGCUCGCUUCGACUUGGAGUCUAUUCAAAAGGCAUCGAAUGUGGAACUUUACUGGGUUCACCAGGAUAAUUUGGCUGAACUCAAGCUGAACCUGUUCUCCAAUUUCAAGUCAAAUUUCAUCACCUCAAAAAACCAGACUGACCUCUGGCUGACCAACUUGGAUGAAGUGGAGGUGAAAGACUUCAGUGCCAUCCCAUGUACUAUCACGAGCUACUCAUCAGAUGACAAACCUCUGGUUUUGACGCCAACUGGUGGCCUAAGACAAGUUUCGUUCACGCGGCUGAACACCCACUCUGUUUCUUUUUUGCAGCAAAUAGGUGAAACAGACGAUUGGCAUUCGUAUAUGGUUGCCAAUUCAAGGAUGUCGCAGAUGUCGAUAGAUUUUAUACGGUCCAGAGGCCUGGUACCGUGUUUCAAAACUUCCUCCGAUAAGCUGAGGUUCCGCAGCAACGAUGACAAAACGUUCAUUACGUUGAGAGAGAACAUCAGGACCACAAACCAGGGGCUUUUAGAGCUUUCGUUUGAUGAAUCUGAACAUUCCUCAAAGUUCCCAUUUGGAAUCAUGGAGAUACGCUACGAAUCAAAAUACUCCGAGAUUCCAGAGUUUAUUGCACAACUGUGCCAUUCGCAUCUAUGCUACCGCGUCGACACCCUGAACUUCAGCAUGUUCAACUAUCUCACGAUCAAGUACUACCCGGACAAAGUUAGUGAUGAUGUAUUUGUGACCAAGUUCGACUGGUUCAAAGACUUCAGUAAGGACAUCCGUACGCUGCCUCAGGCCGAUCGCCCCAAACAGGCCUUGUCGAUCAGAAGCAACCGUUCUGCUGUUUCUGGUAACCCAAGCAACGGAAUCUUGCUAAACAAAUCGAGUUCUUCGUAUCAGCUUUCCAGGGCAUCCAAACCUGCAUCGUCGACAACGACCUACAGAUACUGGAAUGAGUUUGACGACGACCCAGAGUUCGAAAACUCGGAGUUCUUGGUGUACUGCGACGACCAAGAAUCAACCGGAAUCAGCUCCUUCAAAUGGCUGUUAUCACCUGAGAAGGUGGAUUCGAUCUGGUCUGUCUCGCGUUUCUUCAGAAAGCUGUUCAAGUUCCCGAAUAGAUCCCAGGAGGAGGCCCCGCUUAUCUCAAAGGGAACCGUUAAGUACAUGGCCACCACCAGCAACAACUCGGACUCGGACUCGACCACCACCGAAGUUGAUGAGGAUAGUCACCUGUUCAGACAAUUGAACAACUACUCGCCGCUGCCAAAAUCGCGCACUUUGGUGCAGGAAGCGAAACACGAUCAGGUGGUGACAUUCCUAUACAUGCUGUGCUUAUCGCUUUCUUGCCUCACUUUCGGAGUUGCAAUCGGAAUGUUCGCGACAAUGGUUUCGUCAGUAGGGAAACUGAAAGACAUCUGGGAUGGAGCAAAUUCGAACGCAACAAUUAUGCUAGUCAUCAUCGUCCUCAUAACCUUUGCAAUUGCCCUGGUGCUGUGCACCUUUUCAGUUUGUUUGCUAUUCAACAGACACUCACAGCCACCCGUCUGGCACCAGGCACUGGUAUGGUCCACCUUCACUAUCAUCUCGUGUAUUUUCGUCAUUGGCGUUUGUAUGUGCAUUCAAUGA